AUGAGUCUACCUGAACGUCUCGAACCAGCUUCGGUCGUCCCGGAGCCUGGUGAUGAUUCAACUCAAUCCGACAGUCCACCCAUAGGCUUAUUCCAGCUAUGGCCAUAUCCCGAGCUCAUGAGCUCAUCGGGGUUUGAAUUUGACGUAGACAUUGUUGCCAUCCAUGGCCUGGGCGGCCAUGCCUUUGGAACGUGGACUGAAGGACAAAAACUAUGGCUUCAAGAUUUUAUACCGAAGGAUAUCUCGAGAGCCCGUGUUCUGACAUUCGGAUACAAUUCGGAAGAUGCUUUUACAAAACCUACAGCUUCUAUACGCGAAUUUGCCAUUCAAUUGUUGGAUAGCUUGAGGCAGCUUCGUCAGCAGGCGACCAAUAAAUCUGUAGGAUAUACUGUUAAUGAGAACCUCAAGAAAUUGCAGUUCAUGAUCACCUGA